AUGGCGAAGUCUUCGAUUGCAUGCAAGGCAAAGAAGCAGACGGGGAAACAAAGGAAGAGUCGAAGCAACAAGCAGGGCCGCAAAUUGGGCCAGGCCGCCACUCUACCGGGCAAACUCUGGACUGAGUGGCUGAAGCAUUGCUUGGCUAAUGCCCGAUCGUGGCUAUAUGCUUUGCUUCUCAUUUGCCACCUGCUUUGCUUGCGGGUGUCCGAGGGGUUGGCCUUGUCCGCGAGUGACUUCGAUUUCAAGAGUUGCUCGGUGCUCAUUAAGCCACUGAAGCGGCAGCCGGCUCUUCGGAAGCCUCUCUUGGCCGAAAUGAAAUCUAUUCUGCUCCAGCUGAAGCAGAAUGGGGUUUCGAAAAGGAGAAGUGAAUUUCGGGGUUCCCAAGGCAAAAUUACAUUCCGCGACGCAUGGACUUGGCCUAGAUCCGGAGCACUAUUUCCCUCGGAGAGGCCCGAUGCCAAGUCUGACAUUCGCAACAAGAACACCGUGGCCAAGACCAUAUCCCGCCUGCGAGGAAGCUUCACCUUGGCCACAGAGGGUGUUGUUCGCUCACACAGUGCAAGGCAUUCGAUGAUCAAUGCUCUGCGCAUGAACGGUGUGCCGGAUGACAUAUCCAUGUAUUACGCGAGGAUUUCGGACAAGAAGGUCUUCUCCAAAUAUGGUCAAGUGACAAGUUUGCAAGCUUCAUCCCUACUCAAGGCACAGAAAAGCUUUCGAGGGGCCGCUGCAGCCCAAUAUCAGUCUUUGCUGCCAAAGCGAAAGUCAACCCGAAAGACGAACCGAAAGUGA